CUCCAUUUUCUUUCUGGUGCUAUGGAUUAGAUUCGCUAACGGUGGUUCCCAGCGCUAGCUGACGGAUAUCAAAUGCAGCUAGCGCGUUCCAUCUCUCAGCUUGUGAAUGGAUAUUAUUGCACUUGUGCGCGACACGGCUCAACUACGUCACAAAACAACAUGGCUGAUCAGGAAGCAGACAGCUCAAAUGCAAAAGCAGAAAACACGAGCGAGGAGGAGUCUGACUCUGAGGAAGAAGAGAAAGAUGACGAGGGCUCCGCAGAAACAUCAGAGGAGGACGAUUCUGAAGAGGAGGGUGAACCCAAGUUGAAAUAUGAGAGAAUUGGCAAUGACCUCAUGAACAUUAUGACCAAGGACUGUGCCAGCUGCAUGGCAGUCCAUCCAAAGUUCCUUGCUCUUGGUACACACUGGGGACACAUCCAUAUCAUGGACCACAUGGGAUACAACAUCAGAGACAAAGAACUCGCUGUGCAUACGACUACGGUGAACCAGAUAGCUAUCGAUGAUAAUGGUGACAACAUGGCUACCUGCUCAGACGACGGCCGUGUGGUGAUAACCGGGUUAUACAGCUCGGAAAAUAACCAAACAACCAAUUUUGACCGUCCUGUGAAGGCCGUGGCAAUAGAUCCUCAGUUUCACAGGUCCGGGACUGGGAGGCAAUUCGCUACCGGGGACGACAGGUUGUUGAUGUAUGAGAAGGGCUUCUUGAGUCGUAAAUCCACCGUAAUCCAUAGCGGGGAGGGACCCAUACGUAACAUCAAAUGGAAAGGAGCAUUCGUAGCCUGGUGUAAUGAUUUGGGCGUGAAAAUAUAUGACACCAGCACAAAGAAAAGGAUCACCAACAUUCCAAGGGACCACAAUAAGAAAUUGCGUCCCGAGCUGUACCGCUGCAGCCUGUGCUGGAAGGAUGAUACGACGCUGCUGAUUGGCUGGGGUGACACCAUCAAGAUGUGUUCAAUCAAGAAUCGCGUCUCCCAGGAUGCCAGAGAUUUACCGAGCCGUUAUGUCGAAAUAACGUCCAUGCUGCAGAUGGAUUUCUACGUUUGUGGGUUGGCUCCGUUUGGUGAAAACAUCAUCAUCCUUUCCUACAGUGAGGACGGGGCCGUGUCGGAGAGUGGUGAGUUCCGUGCCAACCGGCCGCAUCUGACAAUCAUAGAGCCACACUUCAACGACUACACGGACGUCUCCAAUGACGCGUUGUCCAUCCGUGGAUUUGAACUCUAUAAAUGUAACGACUAUCACCUGGAGUCGCUGAUCGAGGAGAAUUUGUACUAUAUUGUCAGCCCCAAAGAUGUGGUGGUGGCCAAGCUCAGGGACAUCGAUGAUCAUAUUCAAUAUCUAUUGGAACACUUUCUAUUUGAGGAGGCCAUGCUGGCAGCCAAUGAACACAGCAAGGAACUCAAGCGGCACGACCCCCAGGAGAUCGGACGACAAUACCUCAAUCACCUAAUCGAAAACGUCAAAUUCGACGAUGCAGCGCGACUCUGCAUCAAAGUUUUGGGGAAGAACAAACAGUUUUGGGAGGAGGAGGUGUACAAGUUUGCCAGGAUUCAGCAGUUGAAGGCCAUCGCUCCCUAUCUACCCAAGGGAGACCCGAAGCUGGAGCCUGCGGUCUACGAGAUGGUGCUUAACGAGUUCUUGCAGAUAAAUGAAGAAGGCUUUAAGAAGUAUAUUCACGAGUGGCCUUGUGAUUUAUACAACAUCCAGACCUUGGUGCGUGCCGUCAAAGAUAAACUUAGCAGGAGUCUAAACCAAAACACGUUACUAGUUUGUCUCGCUCAGCUAUACACGUACGACACCAGGUUCGACCAAGCCCUCGCUAUUUACCUCCAGCUCAAGCACGAUAACGUGUUCGACCUGAUCCACCGCCAUAACCUGUUCUAUUCGAUCAGCGAUAAGAUCGUCAUGUUGAUGGGUCACGAUGAGAAGAAAGCGGUCAAACUCUUGCUCGAUAAUAUGGAUAAAGUGCCGAUGGAGAAGGUCGUGAAACAGUUGGAAAAUCAUAAGAGACUUCUACACGUGUAUCUUGAUGCCCUUUUCAAGAAGGACCCUGACAUCGGCCAGGAGUACCACGGCCUUCAAGUCGCUCUCUACGCUGAUCAUGACCCUGCCAAUCUGAUCAAGUUCCUUCGGAGUAGCAACUACUACCCGCUCCAACAUGCCAUGGAGGAAUGUCAGAAGAGGAGACUCACAAAGGAAAUGGUCUAUUUAUUGGAGAAGAUGGGCAACCGUAAACAGGCGUUGCGGCUCAUCAACCAGGACCUGCGCGACGUCAACCAAGCGAUUGAGUUCUGUAAGACGCACGAUGAUCGAGAACUAUGGCAAGACCUCAUUGACUUCUCCAUGGAUAAGCCGAGUUUCAUUACAAGUCUCCUCCGAAACAUCGGCACUCACGUCGACCCGAUCAUCCUCAUCAAGAAAAUCAACGAGGGAUUAGAAAUCCCCGGCCUACGCGACUCCCUCGUUAAGAUACUCCAGGAUUAUAACCUCCAGAUUGCGUUGAGGGAGGGAUGUAAGAAGAUACUAGUGUCCGAUUGCUUCGGCCUUCUGACGCGACUCGUCAAGACGCAGAAGAAAGGCACUUGUAUCGAGAGUAUGCAGCUGUGUCACGAGUGCCACGGACGGAUUAUCGUUAACGAUCUUCGACUUGCCAGCAAUGUGUCGGUGUUUUAUUGUAAACAUGCAUUCCAUGAAGAAUGCCUUCCUACUCAUAGUACAGAAGUCUGUCCAAUUUGCAACUCUCAGAGGAGGGGCCCGGGUACGAGUCGGGCUGGGAGGACGUAAGGAAUGGAUACGAAUGUCAUUUUUGGAAUCGAUGCAGACACGGACACACAGACAUUACUUGGUGUUUGUCCAAAUGGAGAUUGGUGAUUGGACACUGUGAAAGGACUUCUAGUUUCGGACAGAUUCACGGACUCCUAGUUUCGGACUGAUCUAUGGACUUCUAGUAAUGAACCGAUGAAGUUUUUGGAAACAAAGGGUGUCUAGGUGCCCUCCCCAAGAAAAACUUGUAAAUUUUUUUGAAAUUUUUAGUGCCAAGUAUGCAUUUUCUUGGCAUCUGAGGCCUGAAAUUGGGCAGUAUUUUUUACCUUCCCCUAUAAAAAUUGUGGAUCUCCGUCGAAAAGGGGGUAGGGAGCAUUGUGGAUAGGACAGAUGUCGUCUGUCUGUGUCCCCCUUGCUCUAAAUGAAUGUGCUCAUGACUACUGUAACUCUGGAACUUGGUGUGGGAUUUUGCCGUUGUCGAAGUCUUUCCUCCCCUUCCUAUCUCGUGCGUCUUUGAAUGGAAUCGAUUUGGGGAUCCUGAAAAUACAAAAGUGUGGUUUUGUUUAUAGGCAACGAUGACUAUAAAAUGGUUUAGAAGACUUCACAAGAACUUUCUUGUUGGAAUAUAUGAAGUGUUAAGCGGAAAGAUUUGAUACUGAACUGGUUGUAUGAGUACAAAUGGACUCACCAAUCCUGCAAGACGGAGUUUGAGCUUGGGAUUUGGCCCAAACCUCUCAUGUCAGCUUGGCAGUUUGGUCUAAAACCUGUUCAGCUAAAGUCUUGCUGUUUUGGUGAGACAAUUAUACCUUGAAGUUCACUAUCAAUUCCUGAAUUCAGUUUGAAGUUUUCAAUGGCGGUUAGAUAUUUCAGGGGACUAGAUUCUUUCGAUAGAUUUAGAGUUUAUCAUGAAGACUUAUUAUAACACGAGUUCCAGUUAAACAAGAUAUGCUACAAGCAGAUUUUCGUUGAGCUGGAGUUUGACUGUAAAGGGUGAAGAGAUUUUCCAGAUUACAGUGGUCAUUUGAGUUAUAAAGCGGUGCUAGUAAGGUUGUCCAAUGGACACAAACUCUGUAUAUAGACCUGUUAAUCUAAUCUUGAAUGUGGUAAAUUCACGGGACACCUCCUUAAAACUUAUACAGCAGAACCUCUCUAUUAAGGAGAUCCUCGGGACUGACAAGUACUGUCCUUAAAAGAGGGGUGUUAUUAGAGAGGUCAAGUUAAAGAGAAACAACCAACCUUGGGACCAAAACUAGUGUCCUUAUUAGAUAGGGUGUCCUUAAUAGAGAGGUGUCCGCUAAGGGAGGUUCCACUGUAUGUGAUAUUAUACUUGUACAUAUGACAGAACAUUGAGUAACACGUGUUCACCUAUUCUGAAAUCCUAAAACAAAAUUGAACUUUUCCCAAAAGGCUGAUUGGUUCAUUUCCAAUGAGCACGCGAAAAGCAGAAUUCAACACUCUUGAUUUUAAAGUUGGGAUCCAUAAUUUAUCAUUUGUUUUAAAAAGCAUAAACAAUAACCUGCUCAGUGUCAGGACCAUUUCGGCUAGCUGUAUGUUGCUUUGAUUUCAAGUGUCUAUUUAUCCUAAUCACCCGUAAUAACGUCGCCGUUUUUGUUGGUGCGUCGUUAAAUAACACUUUCCGCUACCCUGGCGGGCAUUUUGGUAGCUAAAGGUAGUACUGGAUCGAUUUCGGCGGCUACUGUAUCUUUAGCUUCACAAGGUGAUCCCUCAUUAUCUGGCUUGUUGGUGGCGGCUGUGAUCGCUUUGGUACGAAUUGGUGGAGGAGAUAUCGUGACUCCCCAAUCUGCCCUGCGAUCCUUUAUGGCUAGGGUACGAACAAGGGAACGAUCGGUUGAUCCGAUAUCAAGGGGCAUACGUCGACUCUUCCGUAUCAUACCUCAAUGCGACUCAGCCUCACCUUGGGUCAGACGUUUAGGGAGAAUCAAUUUGGUGAUCCGAUUUCUGUUUGCGACCAACUGGGUCUACUCUGGCGUGUGAUCCACAAUUAGCGUACUCUUCCAUAUAAGGCUGCGGCUGGGAACGAACAUCGCCGUACUGGAUCCUCGUCUGAUAAGUGGGCAGUGACACCGCAUCCAGAUUUUGAUGAUGAGUUCUGAAAUAACUAAUUGGUACACCUCCCGAGAAUUGUCUGUCUAAUAACAUUUGGUGAUCCGAUUUCUGGUUGCGGCUAAUUGGGUCUACUCUGGCGUCCGAUCCACAAUUGGCGUACUCUUCCAUAUAAGGCUGCGGCUGGGAACGAACAUCGCCGUGAAUCCUCGUUUGAUAAGUGGGCCGUGACACUGCAUCCAGAUUUUGAUGAUGAAUUCUGAAAUAAUAAAUUGGUACACCCUGAGAAUUGUCUGUGUAAUAACAGACACAUGCAAUCGUUAGGAUAAAUUAAUCUAUGUCAUUAAAGCAACACCGACAUUCGAAAUGUUUGAAAGGAAUUAUCAAGAUGUCAUUAUCAAUCGCCUUUUUUUAUCAAACAUACUACCAGUCCAGACCUUUGAUCCACAUCAAAUGAAAUGUAUGGAAAUCCAUCCCCUUCCUGACUAUUAAAGAUAUUCUAAAGAAAGUCAAUUUACUGACAGCAAUACUCUGUACAACAGAUUUAGAUUUAGGCCUUAAUCAAUUGAUUCAGACUGUGUAAAAAUACUUUAAUCUGACUUCUAUAAGACCAUCUAAUGAACUUUAACGAAGGAAAGAUUCCCGCUGUGGGAUAUCCUUUGACUUUCCAUUUACAACUUAGGUUGGGUUGUGUUGAAAUUCACGAAAAUGGUCUAAUACUUGUGAUUUCACAGUAUUUCGCCUCCCUUGCAUGUACUGUGAUAGAGAAAUUGUGCUUUGAAUAAAAACAGUAUAAACAAU